CUGCUUCUAGGCCUCAGGUCUGUUUGUUGCCAAGUUACUGCCUUUGUUCAUGGGACAAGCAAUCCGGAGAAAUCAUUAAUCCAUGCCCAGCCUUGUCUUAGUUCCUUGUUCCUUGUACUGGCAAGAGUAAAGUGCACUGAAAGGAAACUAGACAGAGAAAUACAACCUGCAGCCAUGGGCGAUGGCCAGGAAAGCAAUUAUGAGAGGAGAGAAGACAAAGCAGGGUCCAGCUGGGGUCGCCAUGGUCCGCCAUCUCUCUAUCUCCAGCUGCCAAGCAACCAGACACUACGUUUCCGUGGCAACAAGGCAGCGGCCUGGGGAGCCACUUGGGAGGGGGCAUCUGAACCUAAGGUUGACCCUCAGGAAUUUGUCCCGGAAUUUGUAGGAGGGGAGGAAGAGGAAGACAGCAAGCCACUGAAAGAGCUGCCCCUCUGCCUUGAGGAGAAACGGAAGCUCAGAGUUCUGCAGGAGCAAGCAGCCAGCAGGCUGAGUGGUUGGGAGCUCUGGCAUGUGUGGAAGCGGAGGACGCUCCGGCGUGUGAGGAGCCAAGCCAGCUCAGUGGUUGCCUAUGGGGAGAUGUGGAGGAGCACGCUUCGCCACAUUGGAGGUAUGGGGAAGUUUAGUGGAGAGGGGGACAGAGUAGGACAUGUUUUGUGUUUCAUGGGCUCCGACUUGUCAUCUUCUCUCUGCGCAGGCCAGUUUGGAACAGGGAUCCAGUCCUACUUUAACUUUCUCCGUUUUUUGGUCUUGAUGAAUUUUGUUGCCUCCCUGCUGGUGGCAGGGUUUGUGAUUGCUCCGAAUGCGGCCUUUGAAGCCUUGUCACUCAAUCGGACAAGUCACCAGAACAGCAGUUUAGUGAAUGAAGCUUGUCUGACUUACAACCCCUCACCCAGAGGCUUGGUCAGCUUUUUCUCCUACAUAAUGGACCUUCUGUCAGGCAAGAGUUUCAUGGAGCUCACCUAUCUCUUCUACGGCUACUACCAAAAUUCAGCCGUCAAUUUUGUCGGCUUCUCGUACAACUGCCCCCUGGCAUAUGUACUGACAGCACUCUUCUACCUCCACUUCUCCCUGACGUGGAUUGUACGGAGAUCAGUCUAUUGCCUCAAACGCAGCCUGGUUAGUGAAGAUGCUUCCCUCGGAUCCUACAGCAACAAAGUCUUUGCCGGCUGGGAUUUUGGCCUGGUGGAGCACAGGGCAGCGCAAUUAAAGCACAAUAGUAUUCGCUACGAACUGCGGAUGGAUCUAGAAGAGGAGGCAGUUCGCAGGCGCCAGGCAGAGAUGACCACGGCACAGCGCGUCAGGCUCUAUGUCCUGCGGGGGGUGCUCAACAUUCUGGUUUUGGGGCUUCUAGGAGGAUCUUUCUACUGCAUCUACCGGGCAGCGACAUAUUCCCAGUCACUGCUGGGAGGGACAGACUCCCCAGUCAAAGACCAAUUUGUCCUGGAGCUUCUGGUGGCUUACCUCCCAUCGGUUGUCAUCACAGCUGCCAACCUCAUUGUCCCAAUGAUCUUUGAGGUCAUUGUUCAGCUAGAGAAAUACCCACUCAGCUUCCAAAUCAAAAUCACGCUUCUCAGGAGUGUCUUCCUCCGUCUUGCAAGCCUGGUGGUUCUUCUCAUCUCUCUCUGGAGCCAGAUCACGUGUGGUGGAGAUCCACAAAACCCUGUGUGUCAGAAAUGUGGCUAUAACAAUCAUCUCCAUCCGUGCUGGGAGACCUCCGUGGGGCAGGAAAUGUACCGGCUGAUGAUCUUUGACUUGCUUGUCAUGCUGCUUGUCAUGCUGUUUGUGGCGUUUCCAAGAAAGCCCUUCUAUCCCACACUAACCUCAUUCACUCAGGCUCUGAAAAUCUGAAGCAAGACAGGCUCAACAGCACUUUCAGUGUUUUGGUGUGGAAAUGGCCUUUUCCUGGCAUUACAUCCCUGCCUCGGUUCCUGUACCCGCCAAUGCUGUUUUAAAAUUUGUACAGUAUACAUUUCAGAAUAAUUGGCAUGCUAUAUAAUAAAACCAUUCCCCACCACCACCCUGGGGAAGAUGCCACCCUAGCUGAGUGUAUAGCAACCAAGGGUGCCAACUUGAAUAAAAUAUUUGGGAGGAUCACCUCGCAUAAUCGAUCACAAUAUGCUGUGUGCGUACAUCCUUUGAAUGGUACUGCCCAUCAACUUUGCAGGAGCUCUGCCCCCUCAAUUCUUUGGGGGGGGGGGCGGGGGGGUCAGAGUGAACUUGGCCCCUAGGAGUUGGCUCCUAUGAUAGCAACAGAGUCCUGGGCA